AUGAGUGGAAAGUCGUCAAAACAGCCGGACGGAACUCUGAAAUUCAACUCGACUACGGACGCGGACGAAAAGUCCUUUAGUGAUUCCGCCGCAAAAGUCAGCCAGCUCCCCCGACUGCUGAUGGUCCACCAGCUAUGGCUUUGGAAACUCGACGAGGAACCCAUGAUUCACUUCUUGGUAGAUACGGUCAUCACGGCCUUCCCCGUCCGAUGGCACCAGGGCGUCGAAGACUGUCUCCUCGACACCAUCCGCCAGGGCGACAUCGACUCGUAUCAGAAUCCGGAACAACUAGUCGAGAACAUCAUCUUCGAGUGCGUCACCUUCUCGGAGGAGUUUCGCUUUGCCGGCCUGGGCAUCCACGUGCUAGAUGUCUUCGAGAGCUCCAUCGCCAGAAGGUCCAACCAGGAAGUUGGCUACUUCAAGGCCUUCCGCGACUCUCUGAAGCAGCAGAAGCGCUCGCUCCACAAGCAAGUCAACGACGAGAUCUCUCUGAUCCAUGAGAUCAAGGACAUCCGCGACGAACUUCAUCUUAUCCUUCGCAUUUUCGAGACGCAGCGCGACGUUGUGAAACAGUUCUCCGGCCUCGACUACCUUGUCCAGAUGAAGAAGGUACAGAGCUCGCUAGAGGAAGCCGAGUCGGCUAGUCGCUUGAAUAACUACAUCCUGCUCCUCACUAUCUUCACCAUCUUCUUCGCACCUCUAUCAUUCAUGACGAGCCUGUUCGCAAUCCCCUUCGGCCACUUCCCUGAGAACGACGAGGGCGAAUUGCGAGUCCGAGGAGAUUGGGUCGCCUACCGCAUGAUUGCCGGGGAGUUUUCAAGCCUGGUGGCAGUCGGGAUUUUGGCCUACUGCAUGUCCGCCGCCGGGUGGUCGCUCUGGCGGGGGUUCGACCGGCUCCUCCGCCAGAAAGGGAGGGAGUUGGCUUCGUCCGAAGAUGCCGUCACUACAGGCCACCCAAGCCCGCACGACCGUGAAGACGUCGCCGUCUUAACCAGUCGGCUAGGAAUCAUGAUAAAACUGAAAUCUGAUAGACAGGCGGACCUAGAGAGUCUUCUUUAG